AUGAUUGAAGUGACAUUUCACAUUUAUAGAGGUAAGUUUAACCCUUUGUGAGACAUAGAACGAGAAAGUAAUGUUGAAGAAAAGGUGACAGUAUAUAGAAAAAGUUCAUUUCUUCAUUAUCAGUGUUGUAUAUACUAUGCUUUGUGAAUCAGAGAGAUCGUUUAAUGUUGUUGGGUAAAAUCUUUUGACAUCUUUGUUGAACAAACUUUACUCUGGAAGUGAACUAAUAAAUGGACAAUAUUAAAAUUGACAUCUAAAUGUAUUCGCCAGCUUCAAAUAUUGAGUGUAUUUUUUUUGUAUACCUUUUGUUUAUGAUUUAAAAACAGAUACUCACAACCUUUUCUUUUUUAAGAUUGCAUUGUCAUGGUAAAAUACGGUCAGUAUAAAAGUAUUUCAAAAGAUAUAUAUCAAAGAUUUUAAUAUACUUGAUAUUAUUAUUCAUUUUGCAUAAAAUUAAAACCAAAUUUCCACUGAUGAAGGAUUUGUUAAAACACAGUUGACACAAACAUGUCCUUGUUCCUGACCUAAUGUUAAUGAAGAUAAGUAAAGUUUAAAUACGUUCUCUAUCAAGACACUGGGAUAUGAGACAUUGUUGUGGUUCCACUGCAACCCAUAAAAGUAUUGAGUUGUAAGAGAUAUGUAAGAGAUGUUUCUUUUCUCCUCUAAAAGGAUCAAGUUCAUCUUUAUAUAUCCAUAAUACUUAAAAAAAUGACAACAAUGGUUAGCACUCUUUUGGAGAGACCUUCAGUAGCAGCCCAUAAAAAAAAUCUAAAUCCAAUGUCUUGAGCUUUAGAGAGCUCCUUUUAUGUUUCACAGUAAUGAUAGAAAACAGUUUGAUGCACAUGAGUGAAACAACUCACAGAACUGUGUCUUUUUAAUGUUACAACCAACUCAAAUUUAACUCACAAAGGCUCAAAAGCGCAUGUCCACUUUCUUUUACUGCCAUCAAAAAUUUAUUAAAAAAUGCCAAAUGUCCUCAGUUACUCUUUCAGAUCAGUUCCACCAUCUACAUACCCAUAAUACUUUGCAAAUGACAACAAUGGUUUGCAGUCUUUUGGAGAGGCCUUCAGCAGCAGAUCAUAAAAAGCAGAGGGCAGCCCCUCAAUGGAAAAUGCUGACUCUGUGUGACUCCCUGAGAGCUGACCAGUAGGCGUAGCAGCGAUGAUCAUUGAAAAAUAAAGAAAGCUCCUCAUACCCCAGUGAUCCUGCUGUUAUUGGUUCCUCGGGGUUUCAGUACAGUGGUGGGUUGUUAUUGCCGGGUCAGGCGUCCACAGAUUUUUCUCACGGCUCUGAGCCUUUGGGACAGACGGCUGCUGUGAUUAGCCCACUGACCCUGUUCCAUGAGAGUUCCAGUGGGAGCCAAGUGAGCUUGAGAAAGCUGGUUUGUACACCACAGUAGACCCCAAUGCAGAGCACGUGCAAACGAUGGAUUACAUUAGAUUAGAAUUUGCACGGUUUCCGUAAGCUUGCUUUUCAUUUCUAAAACGGAAUGGGAAUGAAUGCAUUUGAUAUGUCAUUUGUAACAAUUGUGGAUGAAAUAUAUUCAAUUCUAUUGACCUAGUAUGAAUACUUAUGGAAUAAAAAAAGACUGUAAUACACAAGCGUCUAUAUUUGUGGGGUUCUGGGUUUCAUCACGGAGCUUCCAUUUUGAGGCGAAGCCUUCAGUCAUUUCCGGAAAGAGCACUUUUUGGAAAAUAUAACUUAGUAUCUCCGGUUACUGUCAUUCAAAAUAGAGCUGAAAUUCAAAAAUCAUCGCCUAAAUUUUAGAUUUUGUUUUAUCACAGUAUUGCAUGGUCACAUUUUAUGUUGCAUGGCUCUUGUAUUGUCUGGGUUUCUUAUGACAUGAAAAUGGCCUUCAAUUCCGUUUUUACUGAGCUUUUUGUUUUUAUUCGUCUUUUUCCAUGUGCUCUAUGACUACAGGUCAAAUCACUUUGUAAACAUCUGUUUUUUAAAGUGCUACACAAAUAAAGUUAUUAUUAUUAUUAUUAUUAUUAUUAUUAUUAUUAUUAUUAUUAUUAUUAUUAUUAUUAUUAUUUGAUUUACUGUAAUUUCUACUGCAGUACACUUUGUUUUGAAACAGAGUUGUUGAGAAGUUAAUUCAGGUACACGAUAUUUGUUCAAGAUGCAGGUGAAAAAUGCCUUUACAUUAGCCUUUAAAGAAAUAAAGGUUCAUUAUUUACUGAGUGCUCUGGUGCCUGAAGAACAUCUUUCAAAAUAGAUUGCCGCUGUGCUUUGCAGAAAAGAUGGGAUGUAACUGUAGUUCGGACUAUUCGGACAGCGACUGGAUCGAGAACUUGGAUGAAAUCUGUGAGCACUGCAACUGUCCCAUACCACCACAGUCAUGCAAUCAAGUAAGUUUCAAGGUAUUUCAUUUACAUUUAUAUUUUCAACUGUUUACAUAGACAUUUGUAACAGUUUGGAUGCUUACAUUGAUGGCAAAGUCAAUGAGCUUGACAUGAAUAGAUUUGGGUUUCCUCUGUGGCUGAAUGUGACUGACCACUUGGAGAAAAAAAAAAAACAUUCUGUCACAAGUGAGGGGGGUGUCAGCAUUACACAAGCUCCCCCAAUUCAUUUCAUGUUAUUUUUGUUACACAGCCAUUACCAAGAAAACUAGGAAAUGCAAUCAUGGAACAGAGUCUCGAUAUGUGUUAAAACUGCAGAGGAAAUUGUACGAGCUGAAAUAAAUGAUGUGUAAUUCUUCUCUUAUUGUUGUUGUUUCCUCUUUGGAAGUAUGAUGUCCGGACGGAUAAGAAAUAAAGGAGAAAACCACAUGUGGGCAUCACAGUACAUUUAGACAUUGUGUCUAAGAACAAAAAAAUACUUUCCAUUGGUAAAUCUGCGUAAUAAUCCAGAAAGGUUCUUUACUGUGAAUAGGAAAUGCGAUACUGCCUUUUUUUUUCUUUUAAUCUGCUAUGGUUCUUUGGAAAGCUGAACUUUAAGUGCAGGUCUGAUCUUGUUUUUCUUCACAGUACACAGCCCAGUUAAUGCCAGCACAGUAUUCCCCUCCUACAUCUCCUCUACCAGGUGAUGGAAUUCAUUUUAUUUUCCUAAAUAUGUUUGAAUGUGUCAAAGAUACAAGUGUCACUGCAUUUAUAUUUCCACAGAUAAAAUUCUGGGAAAAUAGAAAAUGUGAUUUUAGUUUCUACACUUGCAAAAAAAGAAUACAAAAGUAUAAUAUCAAGAAAAAAGUGUUUAUUCAAUCUACCUAUUGUUUUAAUGUUGACUUGUCUUCUUGAUAGGAGAAUUAUGUUUAAGACACAAGGAAACAGAUCUGUAUUUUUUUUCCCUUUAACUUAAGUUAGAUUAACUUUAGUUCAAUCCAUGGUCAUGAAUUUUUUCUAAUUCUUAUUAUCCUAAUUUGAGCCAUUGGCUUUGCAAGCUGAAAAUCUUUGUCAUCAUAGUGGUUUAGCUUAAAUCCUCCAAGUAUAAUUUUUUUUUCUACAGUCGUAAAAUUUACCAUUAGGCAUUUUCCAUGUCCGUUCCUUCGGAACAUUUCCAAUUUCCUGUAUUGCUUGCAAGAUAUUGUAUGAGUGUAUGAAUAUUAUGGUGUUCUUGAACUGUUUAGUGUACUUUAUUGAAUAAAACAAACUAAGUUUGACAAAACCAUAAUCAGAUUUAGUUGUUAUCACAACCAACACAAAUUUACAAAGGCUUUCCAGUACACGUCUACUCUCUUAAAAUGUUAUUUCAUUCACAGCCUAUAGCACAAUAACUGAACUUGUCUUAAGAUAUGUAGAUGCAUUGUUUUAUUUGUAAAUGACACCUUCAAUGUGCUCUACUUUAAAUCCUAAAACUAUGUCUAUGUCUUCUUGCAGACAACCUUGUGGUGGCCAUAUACAGUUAUGAACCCAACCAUGAUGGUGACCUGGGCUUUGAGAAGGGAGACAAACUCAAAAUUCUCAACAAGUAAGCUGCUAACCAUUAGAUUAGAUUAGAUAAACUUAAUUCAUCCUUUUGGGGAUGUUCCCUCAAGGGAAUUAAAAUUAAAAAUUAAAUCAUACCAGCUGUCGGAGCUGUGUGAAGCAGAAUAUGGAGGCAGGCGGUGAACACAGCUUGUUGUUGCUGACGAUGGGCGGGGCUGAAACAUUGACGGGGCAAACUAGACAAGAGAUUUCGACAAACACACACACAGCUUUAUUACUGCGAUUCUGCUAUUAUGUUCAAUUUAAUCUUACUCCAGCCUGAACACAGUUUGUAGCCGCAAAUUUAUUUUUAGAUCUACAGUAUAAUUGGGGAGAGGGGGUUCUGGUCUCCUAGUAACAGAGUGAAAUUACAGUUUUGAGUAGUUUUGUUGUAAUUAACUCUCUUCUUCUACAGUAAAAAACAAAUACUCCAGUUCAGAUGCAGAUUUCAAACAGCAGCUGAGCUUCUGGUGCACCUGCAGAUUUAAAUAUGUGAGGAUAGUGCAAAGUUUGCAUGCAAUCACCAUUUCUAAUGUGCUUUUUAGGGGAUUUUUUAUCCCUUGACACACAGGUGUCCUACAUAUCAGCUGUAUAUAGUUAAAAUUUUGUUGAACAUAGUGUAUUCAUUUAUUUCAGGCCUUUCAUUGUGUGUGUUAAACUCUCUUGAGUGCAGAGAACCCCUCUGCAUCUUUACUCUCCAUGCUAACUGUCACCUGCAGCUUUAGGAACAAAACCUGAAUCUCUUAUGUGAGCCAGUGGUCUGACACACAAGCAUGCUAGGACAUAUCUGACUGGGGAGAUUACACGCCCCCGAUCAUACCAAGUGUUUCCUGUCCCUUAAAAGUCAAAAGUAAAAAAUGUCAUAUAUUGAUACAUGAAAAAAGAAUUAAGUGGUUUUUGCCAUUUAGCUACUUCAUGCCUUCUGUUUAGAGAUUUGCUCAUGUUGUUCUCAGAUGUAUGUUGCGUUCAGUUAAAUAACACUCUAAUGGUAUUAAGGUUUUACCAACAAAUAAAACAAAAAAUGAUUACUCUAAAAUAAGAAAAUCUUAGAGAGGAGAUUAGUUGAUUGUGCAGCAAUGCAAGCUCAAAUGGGAUUUUACUUUAAUCGAUCAAUCACGGUUUUGGCAGAUAGGGUUUUCUGGAAAUUUGACCAUGUCAUGACCAUAAAAACCCUUAAGUUUUAGGAGGGAAUUAUUAUUAUUAUCAUUAUUAUUUUUAUAAUAAUAAUAAUAAUUAAUUUGUUUGUUUGUUUGUUUUCUGUUCAUGUUUUGGUUGAUUUCAAUAUUUUUUAAUAAAAUGUUUUUUUAGGGUGGCAGAUAUGUGUAAAUAAAUGCAAAUGGAAGAAUAUACUAAUUACAUGGUAACAUUUUUAUGUGACAUUUAGUUAAAUGCUCAGAAAAUUGCCCAUUUGUUUGGUGCUUUUACAACAAUUUCCCUUUUAGAUGCUGUUUUCUAAAUGAAGAAUAAUGUUGAUAAAAUCCUUAUUAAACCCUAAAAAACCUGGUAUUAAAUGAUGCUAUUUUCAGGGGAUCUGAGGUUAAACAAGCAAUGUAGGAUGUAUUGCUUUUAUUAUUAUUUUAAUUAAUCAAUGAGCAGGUCUUCUGAUAAUUCUGACCUGACACUAAUAACUUGUUUGUUUUUUUUAAUGUUUUUUUAUUUUUUGUUUUUAUUGCAAAGCAGCUAUCUGUCUCCUUGAAACUGCCCUCUGAAGGUGCACUAAUUCAUCCAAAAAGGUCUACUGCUUUGAAGCAUCACAGACAUGUUAACUUACUUGUCUUUUCUGACACCCAGGGAUGAUCCCGAGUGGUAUUUGGCAGAAUCUCUCACCACGGGCCAGCAGGGAUACAUCCCAUACAACUUUGUUGCAAUGACCACAGUGGAGACUGAACCGUACGUCAUACAGGAAACAUGCACACAUAUCUCUUACCUCCAUGUUACACAACCUCAGAACCAUUUUAAACAGCAUGGUGUGUCGCUGGAGGAAGGGAAGUGGUUAGCUCACAGUAUGAAGCAUGUUGUAUGUUUGUGCUGCAGGUGGUUCUUUAAGAACAUUUCUAGAAAUGAAGCAAUGAGGCUCCUUCUCGCUCCUGGGAAUACACAGGGCUCCUUCCUGAUUCGAGAGAGCGAAACAACCCCAGGUGAAAUCCUCUUUCAGUCAUGUUAAACAUUUUACACAUGAUCCAAGUUUAAAUUUGACAAGGUUGUUGUUUUUUUUUUUUAUCACUGUGUCUGGAUAUGGUUUGAUAUGCUGGUUUAGAGGUGCUCUCAUGUACCGUUUUUUAACAACAUAUCUGCUUAAGAAGACAGGAAAUGCAAAUAUGACUUUUACCCAUUAUAACACUUCGUCUUGCUCUCUAGGGUAGAGUUGUAAAAAUGAGACACAGUACACACAACCCCCUUCCUGUUCCCCGACUCCCUUUGUCUACAUUUGAUUUCACUUUUGCUUUUUCACUCCAAUUCUAGGAUGUGUUAAUACAUAUUUUUUCAUUCCAUUGAUCCUGUUAGAAAUAUGGCACAGACAGUGGAAUCCCUUCAUUGCUAGAUGUAUGGUAUCCUAAAAGAAAUUAAACAGACUGAUCAAUCAGAAUUAACAGUGUGCCUUUGGACUUUUCAGCUCUUAAGUGAAAAAUUGUAGUAUUUGCAGAGCAUUGUAUUUAAUUUUCUGCCAUAUUUGGAGAAACCUUCAUCACUUCACAUUCUAUUCAAUGUUCCAGGUUCAUACUCCUUAUCAAUCAGGGACUUGGACCACAAUACUGGUGAGGGAGUCAAGCACUACAGAAUCCGCAACAUGGACAAUGGGGGCUUCUACAUCACAGCCAAGAUAUCCUUUAACUCGCUGAAAGAGCUUGUGCAGCAUCACUCACGUGUGUACAGCCUCUUGAUCAGUUUUGCACAUUGCCAUUAAAGUGUUCCUUUGAAUCAAUUUAACCCAGUCCCUCCUCUCUCUGUCAUUCAGGCGAUGCAGAUGGGUUGUGCACAAAGCUGUCCAAGCCAUGCCAAUCCAGGGCGCCACAGAAGCCUUGGUGGCAGGAUGAAUGGGAGAUCCCCCGAGAGUCUCUGAAGUUGGAGCGCAGACUUGGAGCGGGACAAUUUGGGGAAGUCUGGAUGGGUGAGUGACAGCGGAGACAAACGAAUAAAAUCAUCAGAAUUAGAGGAAGGAGGUUAUUGGAUAUCAUUGAUUUCUUAAAUUAUAUAAAAAAAAACACUGAAGCUUUUUGUAAAUGAGUGUUGGAACUUGUUUUGUAAAAGUGCCUCACAUGUACAAACCCAGUUGCUGAGUCACAUUGUGGGCCAAACUGUCUGCUACAAAGCAUUUAGGGACAUUUUCUGCCAUGCCUGCUGAACAGCUUCUUUUAAUAAACUAUAAUUGUAGGCUUGUAUGAGCUGGUUCACUGGAGACUGAUUUGAAGUAAUAUCUCUGUUAUCCUACACCACUCAAACCACAAGGAUCUUUACUUCCUGUUAGGUCACAGAUCCAACUCGUAUUGUAUUUACAACACUGUCUUUUGUUAUUGUAGAGUAUAAAGUUAAACAAGAGGGCAUAAUAUUUUGAUCACAGGGGUAUCAGUUGAAAUAAACUGUGCCACAAGUCAAUACAACAAAUACACAACUGUUGUACAGCUGACCAAGGAACUUGUGAUCUUUUCACAGACUCUAUCUGUUUACAGAAUCUUAAUGCAGGUAUUCUGGGCACUGUAUUUGUUUCUCUCGGAUUAUACAAACAAGAACAAACUUGAAUAUCGUGAGUGGCUGUCAUGUGCCUGGUAAUGUUGUGAUUUUUUGGUUGGAAUAGAAAAGAAAUGAUAACCAUCCUUAAUGGCGAGGAGAUUUCCACAGCAGAUAAAUGAGAUGAGGAAAUGUAUCAUUUGACUCCAUCAUUUCUCCCUUCAUUCAUGGUGUGAAAUGCUUGGUGCAUGGUAUAAAUUUGGCUGACACAAGUGGAUUUUAUUGUAACAGAGCUGGAAUGAUAUCCUGGUUGUGUGACAGUCAUGUGAAACAGUUGUUAGUUUAGCACAUAUUUAAUCACGACCAACAACAACUCAACCAAGCAGAGAUGAAAGCUCCUCCUGGUUCACUUUUACAUGAGACAAAAAGUGAGAAUCAUUUCAAAACAUGUUUUGUCAUACCAGCAGUUCAGCUCCUUGGAGCUCCAAAAUAUACUUUUAUAUCUAAACUUGGACAAAUGUUGAAACAGUUUAAUUGUUCAUUGUUUUGAGAAAAGAAUUCUACUUUUUUUGUUGAUAACGUGACUUUGAGAUUCACUCCUUCACAGUAACAUAUUGGGUUUUAUGGGAAGUAUGUUCCUAAGGUUUAAUUUUAAUUAUUUUUUUAAGCUCUAACAUUUCCUCUACAGCCACAUCCAUGUCACUUUAACAAUUAGUGUAACAUGCUUAUUGCAUCUCUAAUGCUCUAAAACAUCAGUAUGUGAGUACAGGUGUCUAGAUUAUGUCUGCGUUUUCCACUAUUAGACACUAUUUGAUCUUAGUAAGGCAUCAACAAAGCUGCGAAGACUCUUGUUCAAAUUAAAACCUAAUAGAAAUCCUGUUAUUUAUUUUAUUUACUUUCAGGUAUCUACAAUAAUGACAGAAGGGUGGCAAUCAAGAAUCUUAAAAUGGGCACAAUGUCGGUGGAGGCUUUCUUGGCAGAGGCCAACAUGAUGAAAAACCUGCAGCAUCCACGCCUUGUGCGCCUCUUUGCUGUUGUUACCCAGGAGCCAAUCUACAUCGUCACAGAGUACAUGGAAAAUGGUAGGUAGAGUGACUGAAAGGUCUGUGUCACCUGCUUGGGGAAUUUUGUUCAUGAUGCAGACAGUCAAAGGAGGGCUCUGUAUAAUGCUGAGGGAAGAGGGUAUCUCCAUGAGGUGAGACAAACUAACUCUUGUGUAAUCACGCCAGCAUAUUGUAGAUCAGUUUCAUCACCUGAAAUAUGUCCUAACUUGUCAGACUGAGCCUCUUCCUUAGUCUUCUGCUCCAUUACCUUGAACACCAAAGAAAAAAGGCAAACUCAGUGCCCAGAGCAAAUAAAAAAGAGGGUGUAUCAUAGUCAAUGCCAGAGAUGUUCAGGAUCAAACAUGUUGAUCUGUUAAACAAAACUCUAAGUUGUGAUGUUUUCAGACUUGUUUUUUGUGUCUUUGACUCUGCUGAAUCAUCCCAUAACCACGGCUGCCUCUCUAUGUAUUAGUGCUUUAUAAGUAAAAGAAUAAAAGGUUGAAUUUUAUAGUAUACUCCUCUCUUGUAAUUGUAGAUGAAAGCAGUAGUGCUAAACUAACAGAGGAGUUAAGACAUGAGCUCGGCCUCUCAAAGCAUGUUACUCUGCUGAAGUGGCCUGCCGUCUGAUAGGCUAUUUUAAGCGUCUCCACAUGACCCUCCUGGAUUCACCACUCCACUAAAAUAUUUCAAAGCAAACAUGAACUUUCACUUCUUUUCCAGAAACCCUCCAGACAGGCUUCUGGUGUUUACUCACAGAGGGGAAGUCUGAAUCUGGCCCAUCUAGGACAGGGAGGUGUAAAAACAGCAGAGGGUGACUCACUAGUUUAUUGUUCACUCCUGAUGACGCUUGGCUCCUUUCCAGUGUCUUUAUUACGCACAUGCAUCCACAGACGCUCACAAACACAUGCACAGUCACAUGCACAGGGCACAAAUACCUGAACACGAUAAGGUCGUGGUUGUAAACAGUCUUUAACAAUAGCAGUGUGUUCAGUAUAUUGCAAGUGGAUAUUUCUCUCAUUAUUGUUUUAUUACGACAAAUCAUUGUGGAAAUACACCCUGCACAAUUCAUACUCUUAACCAAAAGUCAUAUGGAAGGGAUACUCUGUAGUUUUCAUUUUACCCUUAUAGUCUUUGUAAUUAUUUUUCACAAAGAAGAACCUCACAAAACGCACAGAAAGAUGCUGUCACAAACACAGCAGCCACCAUCCAGCUGACCACAGACUGGAGUGCCUUUGUGUGGUGAUGUAUGUGUGGCCUGUAAACCACCAGCAGUGGCCCUACAUGAGGCUGUCUCUUUGUCUGGGAUCCACGUGUGGACAGGACACAAUUGCAGCCUCUGUUUGUCAAGAGAAAAGAUGGCUUGGAGUUCCCAUCUUUUCAAUUCGUCCUUUUUUUAUGAGAGAAGACAACAAAGAUAGAAAAUAACAGGCGUGUCGGUCCAGCUUCCCUUUGUGACCUUGAAAAGAGCGUUCCUGGCUCUCAGACUUCAAAAGUACUCUUCCGGACUUAAGCAGAGGAGCAAAGGCCUCCUCUUUCCUGGCACGGUCAUUCCUCUUAAAGUGUUUCCUUUGGUUUGACUUGGUUGGCUGAUCUGCAGAUGUAUUGUUCUUUGUAAUCAAAUUCAACCCACAGUCAACUGUCGGAAACCAUGCAUCAUGUUGACCGAUACUCUGCGUACUUCCUUCAUAGUUCUCUGAUUUGAUCUGCUAUUCUAGUUCACCUCUGUCUAUUUAUAUUUCUGAGGGAUAAAAGUGUUAAUAACAGAGGGAAAUAUCAACAAACAUUAGGACAAAUCUGGAUUCUUAAAAAAACAUCAGUAUUUUAUUUUCUAAUGCAACAUAACUUUAUUGUCAUUUUCAGGCAGCCUUGUGGAUUACCUGAAAACAACAGAGGGAAGCAAUUUACCCAUGAACACUCUGAUAGACAUGGCAUCUCAGGCAAGUCAUUAAUGAAGCUGAUCUCAUCACUGUACCCCUUUAACUAAAAAAACAAGAUCCUCUGUGGUUCAAUUUUGAACUUUCUGCUCUGUGAAUAUGAUAAACAUGCAGGAAAACGCCUACUACACUUGAUCAUACCCAGUGGUACAUCUGUUCAAUAUGGUGCUGACUCAGACAGACAUAAUCGUGACAGACUGUAGCUUAUUUGAUGCCAACUUCCUGUGUAGGUUUCUGAAUUAGUCUUGCUGGCUUUUAUGAUCCUACAGUUUGUUGCUCUGCCAGACUGAUAAUCAUUGUUUACCAUUAAUUAAUAUGAACAGUACACACCUUAAUGUUUCCACAACAAAAACUUUGAUAGCUAAAAAAUUCAAGACCUCAUUACAUCAAAGCUGGAUCGAAAGAGUUUCAGCUAUAAGUGAAACAAAGAAUGUUAGGUUUACGGCGGUCUUACGCCAUGAGUUAGGGGAAAAAAAGAGUUUUUUUAUUUUUUUAUUUGAAGGUACAACCGCAUGACUAAUGUAUAUAAACGAGAGUGGAAUUGUUUUUUAUGUGUGAUAAAGAGUAUUCCCCAAAAUUUCAUCUUCUAAUAAUGCCCACACACUUCUUAGAAUAAUGCAUGAGAAGGAAGUGUGACUGUUUUAAAGGGUGUGGGAAUGGAAAAAAGCAACCACAGGAAGACAUACUUAAGUUUCAAUUUCAUCAAGAUUCAUCACGCAUGUACUUCGCCGACAUCUUAGGGCUUUAUGCUGAGUGCAAGAGUUUAGAUGGUGUUGUGGUGAACGUUUUUUUUUUUUUUUUUUAUAUAUAGCAAUGCUUUUUCUCCACUUGGCUUGCUCUGCUUUUAAGGUAAAAGUGUUAUACUUUUGUGAACAACCAUGAAAAUUCAAGAUGAUCAAGCUCUCCUUGCAUUACUCAAUGCUCUCCACUGUCCAAAAUGUAUACGUUAUCAUGUAUGAGAUCAGAGGAGCAAAAGAUUUAACCUCAAUGAAUUUGACUUAAAGGCAUAUAAAGCAUGUAUCACUAAAGGUUUCAAGUUUCAAAUAAGUGGAACAAAGAGUAAAGAGGCAUGAAGUAGUCAUGACAGCAGCGGAGGUAGAUAAAACACACAGGUAUUACGUAGAUCUCACAUGUCUGGCAAGACCCCCAGGCCAAUGGGACCUAUGUGAUAGAUUCUUACGUCUGAAAUAUACACCACUGACCCCGUAAACAGAGAUGGUUAGAAUUCUGGAAACAUUGUCAGACACUGACAUUGCAGACACAUACUUUCACUAAGUAUAGAUGUCAAAUUCUGAGGAAAUUGAGGUUACUGCACUCAUCAGUUGUCAUGUACAUUAAAUGUAGCACCUCAGUUCCUCUAAGGUCCUACAGAGAGGAAAUGACUCACUUUUUGUUGAAUCAGAGAUGUUCAUUAUCAUUAUCUGUCUGUAGUUAAGUAAAGAGUCAGAGCUGCAGCUCUUAGUUUCAGGAAGUAGGGCAGGCACGGUGGUGUACCUGGGUGGAGUACAGAGGUAAAAAGGAACUGACCUUGGGAAGUGGUAUACUCCCUGUGUUGGGAAUCAUUCUGUUCAUCUUUCCAAAGCACACAAAUUGACACAAUAUCAACACAUGCACAGGUCACUUGUGUUUCCAUUCAUUCUGCAUGUACAUUGGCCAUGUGUGUGACUGAUGGUGUGCUGUCCUCUGCAGGUUGCUGAUGGUAUGGCCUUUAUUGAGCAGAGAAAUUACAUUCAUCGAGACCUGAGAGCAGCCAAUAUUCUGGUGUCUCAUGAACUCAUCUGCAAGAUUGCUGACUUUGGAUUGGCACGACUGAUUGAAGAUAACGAGUACACAGCAAGAGAGGGUAAAAGGACUUUGAAAAUACCACUUGUAUCAGAUGUUCUUUCUGGUCUUUUAGGUUGUACCUUCUGUAGAAUCUAGUACCCUUACGACAUUUACUUGUUGAAUGCAUUUGUUAUGAAAUCAUAUGAACUUUAUAUUUUCUUUAAAAAUAAAGUUUAAGUGACCCUGUCACCGCACCUAGCAUUAGAUUCUUGAGCUGGAAUGUCAAAGGUGUGAAUACUCCAAUCAAACGUUCAAAGAUAUUCUCACAACUUAAACGUUUUGACACCGAUAUAGUCUUCCUUCAAGAAACCCAUUGCGCACUAAAGAUCAUUUCAUACUCCGACGGCCAUGGUAAUAUUCAUUCAAAUUUUGAUUCCAAAUCCAGGGGUGUGGCAAUUUUGGUCAAUAAGAGAGUUCAUUUCUCCGUCUCUAAGACAAUAUAUGAUAAAAGGGGCAGAUUUCUGAUUGCUGUGGGCACUCUGAAUUCCAACCCAGUAUUGUUGGUGAAAAAAAAAAAAACAUUUACAGUCUCGUCAUCUUCCUGGACAGAUGAUUUUGUUGCUCUAAAGAAGAAUGACUCUACCAGUUUUUCCUUAUUGUGGAAAUCCCUCAAAGCAUAUUUGUGUGGGCUCAUAAUCUCUUAUUAGGCUUCCUCUAAUAAAGCUAGCAGGGCAAAGCUACGGGACCUUAUGUCGAAAGUUUUAGAAGUGGACCAACUCAGUUCAGCUAGCCCAAUCCCAAACCUGCUGAAACAACAGCUUAAUUUACAAUCAGAAUUUGACUUUAUAGCAAUGGCAGAUGCAGAACGACUCCUGUUACACUUCUGCGUUACUUAUUAUGAACAAGGUGAUAAAUCGAGUAGAUUAUUGGCUCAUCAAUUCAAGCACUAGCUUUAUCUAGACUGAUUCCUAGUAUUGGAGAUUCCACUGGUUCGCUUGCCAUCGAUCUGACUACCAUCAAUACAAUACUGAAAUCCUAUCACUCGUCUCUCUAUGAAUCGGAAUCUCCACCUGACGCAGCUGAGAUGAGAUCUCAGUGUAUAAUGAGUCUUUUCAGCACGCAUCAUUGCCUCCAAUUUUAACCCCGGCGUCCAUAUCCCCUCUCUUAAUUAAGGCAAGGACUUUGAACUUUGCACUCCUUACAGACCUUUGUUCUUGUUGAAUGUGGAUGUCAAAAUUUUGGCCAAAGUGUUAGCAAUUCGUCUAGAGAAGAUUCUUCCCACUGUCAUAUCAGAAGAACAAAAUGGUUUUGUCCAGGGACGUCAGCUCUUUUACAAUAUUGGCAUACUUUUGAAUGUGAUUUUCUCCAAAAGCCCCUCUCCACUCCCUGAAGUUGUGGUCUCAAUCGAUGCCGAAAAAGCUUUCGACCGAGUGAAAUGGAAUAAUCUUUUUGCUGCACUUUAUAAAUUUGGAUUUGGUGAUAGACUUAUAUCUUGGAUUAGACUUCUUGACACUUCCCCCCCAAGGCUAGCGUCCACACCAAUGACACCCACUCUAGUUAUUUUACAUUAUCAUGUAGCACCAUACGGGUGUCCUCUUUCCCCUUCACUUUUUGCCUUGGCCAUUGAACCUUUGUCGAUUGCGCUGAAAUCUCUUCCUUUGUUUCGCAAAUGUUGUUGAUGUUGAACUCAAGUUGUGGCUUUAUGCAGAUGACCUGCUUUUGUAUGUGUCCGAUCCACUCACCUGCAUACCGUCAAUACUCUGUUGCAGAAUUAUGGUGCCUUCUCUGGUUAUAAAGUCAAUCUUCUUAAGAGUGAAUGUUACCCCAUAAAUGCCUCUGCUUUGCUGCUCAAACAAUCUGAACUUCCCUUCAAACUUAGCCAGUCGGGUUUAGAUAUUUAGGACAUAACAUGACCUGCACUCUUCCAGCCCUUUACACAGCUAAUUUUCUCACACUGAUUAAUCAGGUGAAGACAGACUCCUUACCACUGUCACUGGUGGGUAGGGUUAAUGCAUUUAAGAUGACUGUAUUGCCUAUUUUUUUUUUGUUCCAAUAUGCUCCUGUGUUUCUGCUAAAUAAGUUUUUUAGGUCACUUGACCAAACUAUUACCACUUUUUUGUGGGGCGGUAAGGCUCCCAGGCUGCGGUAUUCACUUCUGCAGAAGUUUAAAUUUAAUGGGGAUCUUGCACUACCCAAUUUUCUACUUAAUUACUGGUCAGCGCAUAUUCACAAAUUCAUAUACCGGCUUCGGUCUCCGGGGCUGUUGUGGUGUAGAUAGAAGUUUAGUCACUCUCUUCGUCUUCUUUCCUGGCCUUACUCUCUUCUUCUCUUCUGCUGAACCCCUCUAGCUUUGCAAGUAACCCCGUGUUGCUCUCUUGCCUUAAGAUUUGGUUUCAGUUCAGGCGGCAUUUUGGAUUUGUGUUGCCAUCCACCCAAAUUUCUGUGACUAAAAAUUAUCUAUUUCCCCCAUCGCUGAUUGACUCUGCUGUAAUGAUAUGCAUCAUCGAGGCACUGAUCAUUUCAGGGAUCUUUAUAAGGAUGGUGUAUUUUCUAAGUUUUACGAUUUGAGGUCAGAUUUUGAUUUUCCUGCCUCCCAUUUGUUUCAGUAUUUCCAAAUCUGACAUUGUGCCUCUUCUUUGUUCCCUAGCUUCCUUUCCCUCCCUGUUGACCAACCGUGGGAUGAUCUCUUGACUUUGAAACUCGAUCAGAAAUCUCUUAUAUCUAAGAUUUAUGCAAGAUUAAUGACAUUUGAUGGGCGCUCUGUGAUUAAUGCUCGAGUUAGUUGGUCAUGGGAGUUGGGUCUGGACUUGACUGAUGAGCUGUGGGAUAAAGCCAUCCACACUGUACGAAACAUCACACCCUGUGCUAGACGAGGACUUAUUCAGUUCAAAGUGCUACAUAGAGCCCAUUUCUUGAAGUCCAGGUUGUCUGAAAUCUAUCCAAAUGUUCCCGACCUAUGUGAUAGAUGCCAUGGCUCUCCCUGUAAUCCCUGUUUUUCUCCUGUCCUGUCUUACAGAAAUUUGGGGAUAAUUAUUCUAUGAUCAUGCAGAGGGUUCUGGAGAAAAACAUUGUUAUGGGUUAUAUUUGGUCUCUCGGUUGACUCCUCUUUUAUCAACCCCAUACAGUCAGGUGUCCUAGCCUUUACAUCUCUCUUGGUGAGACGUUGUAUCCAUCUCUCAUGGAAAUCCCCCAAACCUCCAUCCAUUUCUCUAUGGCUCAUGGAGACCACUGCCCGAGUGUCUUGUGAGGACCUGAGUUUGUUUUGGGAGUUUGGGGUCGAAAUGGGAAGAAAGGGGAACAAAAUAGGGAAACAGGAAAAUGUGAUAUGGGUGUAACCUCAUUUUAUGUAUCUGUUGCUUUUUUUCCUGUAAAAAAAUAUUAAUUUGAAAAAAUAAAUAAAAAAAGUUUCCUCUUUUUUUGCACAGGAGCAAAGUUCCCCAUCAAAUGGACUGCCCCAGAGGCCAUUAACUAUGGCACUUUCUCCAUAAAAUCAGAUGUGUGGUCAUUUGGGAUCCUCCUAACAGAAAUUGUGACAUAUGGACGAAUACCUUACCCUGGUAAGCAACCAUUCAUCACACUGAUUACCAAGUUACAAGUCUACCAUGGAUUGAAGCUGCUGAAAAAAAUAUAUAUUUAAAUGGGCUGCUUUUUAACAUCUAAUUCUGUGUUCAGGUAUGUCCAACCCAGAGGUAAUCCAGAACCUUGAGAGGGGCUACAGGAUGCCAAGGCCAGAAAACUGUUCUGAUGGGCUUUAUAACAUCAUGUGUUUGUGCUGGAGGGAAAGCCCUGAUGACAGGCCCACCUUUGAGUACCUGAGGAGUGUUCUUGAGGAUUUCUUUACUGCCACAGAGAGGCAGUACCAGGACUAG